AUGUCUCAUCGUCCCAAUCUUUCCAUCAACUCCAUCAAUUCAAUUAUCGAGCCUACAACGCCGCCCGCAGCACCCGCAUCAAGGCUGAAUUUGUGGGAAGAAAAGACCCCUUCGGCCACCUCUGCCGCUCCAAAUAACUUGUUGCUCCCCACAUUCAACCUUGACUCGGCGUCAUCUUACAAUAAGAACUUUGGGACUAAUGGACUUGCGACUUCCGCAACCGGAUCCACCGGUUUUUCACCUUCGUUGCUGCAUCCUACCAAGAUCGACAAAGAGUACCUUCUCUCCAUCAACAAGGUACCUCUCACACAAUUGAGGCCCCAGAUCCUAAGCUUGGCUAAAGACCAGUAUGGAUGUCGUUUUCUUCAAAAGAAAAUUGACGAACAUGUGGUUUCCAAUGCUCAACAGCGCAGGGCCAAUUUCGACGUUAUCUUCUCGCAAGUUAGUCCAAACAUGUACGAGCUCAUCAUUGACCCGUUCGGCAACUACUUGGUCCAGAAACUCAUUGCUUACUGCAGUGAACAAAACAUCACUCUCAUACUAGAAUCAUUGCUGUAUAACCUCUUUCAGAUUUCCAUCAACCAGCAUGGCACUCGUGCCCUCCAAAAGAUUAUUGAUGCUGUAUCCAACAAGUACCAGCUCACAUUGAUAGUUAAUGGCUUGAGUCCUUAUAUCAUCGAGUUGAUCAAGGAUCUCAAUGGCAAUCAUGUCAUCCAGAAGAUCUUGAACAAGUAUCCGGCUGACGAUUGUCAGUUCAUUUAUGAUUCGAUCAUAAAGGACUUGUUAGUGGUCGCAACCCAUAAGCAUGGCUGCUGCGUUCUUCAAAAAUGCUUGAAUCAUGUUACCACCGAACAGUUAUCGCAGUUUUCGGCUCGAAUCUUGACAUUCGAAAUCUUUAUUAAACUUAUCAAUGAUCAGUUUGGUAAUUAUGUCUUGCAAUAUUUGAUCUCCAUCAAUUCGUUGCCAAUUAACCGCGCCGUGUUCAACAACUUUGUUAGAUUCGGUGUAAGCAAUUUGUGCAAGUUGAAAUUUUCGUCCAAUGUGGUUGAAAAGUUUUUGAAAAAUUGCUUCAAUAACGAACCAAUUUCUGAUGCUUUCUCCUGCUUGAAGUACGAUUUGUGCUACCAAAUCCUUAUUUCCGAUUUGAACAAGAUGAUUAACGAUCCUUAUGGCAAUUAUGUUGUACAAACACUCAUUGAGGUUAUUGUCAACGCCAACUUUAAAGAGCCACUCAUGGAAAAUGUGAUGGUGUUAUUGCCAUUAAACUACCGCCAGAAUAUGGAGCCAUUGCAAAUUCAAAUCAUCAAGAAGUGGUUUCAAAAUUGCAAGAUUGUAUCCAGCUUUGGCAAACGGAUCCAGCUGAAGAUCAAUGUUAUUUUGAAUGGCAGUGGCUUGCUGAGGUCCUCGACAAGUGUGUCUACAAACAUGAAUUCAGACGGAGAAUUCAUUGUGAAUCCCGAUACAUUUGUUCCUCAGAGCUCAAGAAGAAGCAAUAGCUUCAACAACUCACAGAACGCUCAAAUGCCCUAUGUUCAUCACCAGCGUGGCUUUCUGUACCCUCAAAUGGUUUCACAACCACAAUUGAAUCAACCUGGAUUCAUGCAACGUCCUCUUUACAACUCAACCAACAGGUACGUUGCUCACAACCCUGAAUACAUUCUUGGGGAACCAUACCAGGAUGAAGGUAUGCUCAAGCCUUCUUUGAAGUACGACGCAGCCCAAAACAUCUCUAGAUUCUCGGGCAUGCAAAUUUCAAACGAUACACCAUUUGUCGGGACUACUUAUUAUAAGCCCAACAGUAACCAGUACCAGUCUGCAGUGCAGCACGGCGCCCAACAAUGGUAUGUCGAGAAGUGA